AUGAGUGAUAUGUACCGUGAGCGCCGUACCGGUGGUUUUUACAAGCGGGCGGCUAAGUUUCUUAAGGGGGACGCGGUCGAAGAAGCUGACCCGCAAGCGGGCCCUAGCCGGAACGUUCCCAUCGAAGCGAUUGUGGAAUUGCCUGGAUUGGUGGAUUCGCAGGAGCCGCUACCGGUGGAUCCGGAGCAACCGCUGUUGCAGGAGCCGGAACAACAGAUACCGGAAGAUCUGGGCGAUGCCGAAAGAAUUGUGCUGGACGACACGAAUAGUUUUUCGGAUGACAGCGGCGAGGAGGGGUCGAAUGAGUGGACAUUCCAGUCCAUGUCGAUCGUGGACUGUAUCCGUUACUGGGCGCUCUCAAAUAACGAAACGCAUCGAUCCAUCAAUAUGAUAUUGCAGAUUUUUAAGAAGUUUGGCGCCAAAGUGCCCCUGACUGCCAAAACUUUAUUGCAAACUAAGCGCAAUGCGUCGAACGAGAUUGCUGAGCUGGGUGGUGGGCAGUUCUGGUAUAACGGAUUUAAAAAGACGUUAUCCAACUAUUUUCGAUUAGAUGCUCCACCAACCGUUGACCAGUUCACGUUGACGUUGUCAAUUGAUGGAUUGCCGUUACACAGGAGCGGAGCGCUCCAGUUUUGGCCAGUGCUGUUUGCUAUCGACGAGUUGCCGGCAGCUCCAGUGAUGACCGCCGCAAUUUAUUGUGGGGUCACAAAACCUACAAGUGUCGAGCAAUACCUGCGCCCGGUGGUCAACGAACUAAACGGUCUUAUACGGGUUGGUAUGUUUAUCAAUGGCAAGCAUAUCACCGUUAAGAUUCGUGCCAUUGUCGCUGACACUCCUGCCAGGGCGUUUAUCAAAGGUGUUGUUGGACACACAGGGUACUGGAGCUGCCAAAAGUGUACCGCGAAAGGGGAAUAUAGUCGGCAGAGGAAAACUAUGGUAUUCCCCUUUGAAAUCGCGCCAAAGCGGACUAACCUUGGCUUCCGGACGAAUGAGCCAGCCGGACACCGCAAGCACGACACACCGCUGAUCGAGCUUGCUGGGUUCGAUAUAGUGGAAGACGUGCCUGUCGGCGAUCGGCUCCACAUUUUGGACCUGGGCAACUCGAGGAGGCUGAUGAUGGGAUGGCGCGACGGAGUGCUGAGCGCAACGAAGUGGCGAAAACCGCAGUGGGAUUCGAUCUCUUUUGCUCUGCAACGAACUGCCCAGCCCUGCGAAGUGCAUCGCAAGCUACGGCACAUAAAGCAUUUGGGCUACUGGAAGGGUUCGGAAUAUGCCUUCUUCUUUCAUUACUGUUCCUUUAUAGUGUUACAGGAGCAUAUUUCGACUCCAGAGUACCGACACUUUAUGUUGCUGUUUUGUGCCAUGACGUUGCUCUCUGCCAAUGCGCACCGAGCAAAGUGGCCACUUGCGGGUCAAAUGUUGGAGCAAUUCGUAAAGGAUUACGAAACGGUGUAUGGGGUAGGAUAUAUGACCAGUAACGUCCACAAUUUGUUGCAUGUGCACGAUGAAGUGGUUCGUUUCGGGUCAUUAUCUGCCAUUUCUACGUACCGUUUCGAAAACGAACUCCAACAUUUGAAGCGUUUGGUUCGCAGCGGUUGGAAAAAUUUGGAGCAGGCGAUAAAUCGGAUCUCCGAGUUUGAAAACUUCUGCAUGCCAAAGCCACCGGAGCACACAAUCACAUAUCCCUCCCAGCAAACCAAAUUCGUCACCAAAGUGUUCGUCCGUCCGCGAUUCACUUUGCAGACGAGCUGGCCAAACGCGUGGUUCCUGACAUCAGACGGCACCAUCGGCAAGCUGCAGUCCGCCUCGGAUGGCACGGGUGUUAAUGUAGGUAAAGUGUACGUGAGAGGACGUAAACUGGACCGGAAAAUGCUAGCAUUUGACGGUCCAAUGGUCUCGAGCGGAAUGCUUAUCUACAAAGGAUACACCCGUGACCUGUCGAACGAAGCUGACCUUCUGUGUGCGACCGAUGAGAUCGUAUGUAAAUUUGUGGUCACGACGAGCAGGGAUAAGCAGCAGUUGACGUUUGUGCCUCUGCUCCACACUAUUCGGGACGACUGA